AUGGACUCCGUAUCCGUAAGUUUUAACAAUGCGGAGGAACACAAACCUAUAUUUACACUUGCUGGCGAUCAAAAUCCUACAUCAACUACCGAUAGCUUCAUAUUUCCGGAUAAUAGAAACGUGGCUCAAGAUCCAGUAAUGCCCUCUAUGACACCAAUGAUGCCGGGUCUUGAAGGCAGCGAGCUCUUGAAUAUGCUGACUCAACAGGAGCCAAGAGCCGCCGAUUAUCCGCCCGCAGUCGCCGAUAUGGAGGAGUUGUUGUCAAAUAUUCGUCUGAAUGGAUCUGACAUGUUCACUGAAGAUGCCAACGUUAAUAAUUAUUUUUCAGGAUUUGGUAGUCGUACCGAGGCCGCUUCGUCUAGCGUUUGGCCUGAAGCUGCGACCCCGCAGCCCUCGAGGAACAGCGAAAUGAUGGAUACUUUCGACUUCCUCGUUAAAAGUUUGUCGUCGGCAAACACAUAUGUGUCGAUGUUGACACGAGAGCAACUGUCAGUGCUGCGAUCCAUUCGUCCCAGUCUGUUGUAUGAAUUCCUGCAAGAAGUGGCCAAAGCACGCAGCGACCGCCGUAUGCGACGCGCCCUACCGAACGAAUGUGCCUUCUGCAAGAAUAACGGUGAGAACGAGGAGUGUUACUCUUCACAUGCACUGAAGGAUUUACGCGGUCGUGUCUUGUGCCCUGUUUUGCGCGCUUUCCGCUGUCCCCGCUGUGGCGCCACUGGUGACAGGGCCCAUACUAUCAAGUAUUGCCCGGAGGGCAGUGAAUCAGGUUCUGGAAGCCUUUCGUCCCGCAGGCGUGUGCCGCCUUCGACGUCUCUGCUGUUGAAUGGCGCCGGCGCCAACACUUCACGCUCGCAGGCCGGCACGUCUGCGCCUUCCGCUUCCCCAGUCAGCUCACCGGCCAACCCGGGACUCUCCUACUCAUCUCUCUGGACCAACUUUGGUCUAAACUGA